AUGGUCUCCUUUCAUCGGUAUAUUCGCCAUAUUCGACAAACCGGGUUGAGAGAAUGGUGGCGGAACCUGCAAUAUAUCGGUGACGCCAAAGCUGGCACUUUGGUCGGCACAGACCAAUUCGGGAAUAGGUAUUUUGAGAAUUUGAAUGCGGAGGAAGAAGUUCCAGGUCGUCACCGAUGGGUUGACUACGCUCAACAUGACUUCAACGGAUCCCAAACUCCUCCCGAAUGGCACUCGUGGCUCACGCACAUUCGCAAGGAUCCUCCUACACAAGACCCUGUUGUGCAGAGCUUUACUCCGACUUGGAAAGCGCCUUAUAUCGAGAAUCUGACUGGUACGCGAGGUGCUUACCGAUCAUACAAUACUGCAGCGCCAAAAAUCAAAGCUUGGGAGCCAACCCGUUUCUGCUAG